UGUGAUCACUCUCUCGGCCUGUGCCGAUCACAGUCCACCUCCGCUACGCUCCACAGUUAGCUCUUUUGUCUUUUGCAUCCUGCGUCUGCACUGCUAACGCUAAGGCUCCUGGACAGCAAUCUCAUGGCGCCUGACUCGAUGAAGAAUCUCGGGUUCCAGGACCUCGAUGCCGCGACCACACAGGACGCAUCAGCGACUACCACCUCUCCGCCCGGAAACAGCAGCACCGAUGCGACCACACAGCCAGCCUCGUCGUCGUCGUAGCGAAAGUCGCCGCCAUGCACAAUCGGAAUGCCGUCCUGAAGCAGCAUCUGCGCCGUACCCAGCGCCGGCUCCCUCGGGCGGGAAGGAGAACGAGCCGCUUACCCACCCCCAUCUCACGUUGCCCACACACUCCACCUUCACCUCGCAUUCCUCAACCCUCCCCACUCCGCGCUCCCCACCUCUCUUCACCACAAAGAAAACACAGCCACGUCACAUGUCCCCGUGUCACGGCACUAGUCGCCACCGCCCGCAACUUCCCUCCGCGUCCCACCGUAUCCCCCCACCCACUGCUGUUGACGCGUCCUGGCAAUGCGUCACAGCGGCCGUUCUUGCGCAACGCGCCGUGAAGUACGCUGUCGUGGGUUAAAAAUAACAUCUUCUGAGGGCGUACGAGAGUG